UUGAAAACCACUCAUAUCCGAAGACUACAAUGAGAGAAAAAAGGGAAACGACGGGUCAAACACAAAUUACAUGUAGAUUUGUGUAACUUUCUUGUUGUUUAUCCGACCAACAACUAUUUUUGUCGAGACUAAAGCUGAAGCUGCAUAGAGACAUCUUACGGCAUUGCUUGUGUAAAGCGUGACAGGUCAAGUUGCAGGCUCAACAUCAACCUUUGUCAUGGCUGCACAAGGUGAAGCGCAGACUAGUAGUCAAGUCACAGAGUGGGAUAAUGUCACCGAAGAAGCACAUUCCCUAACAACUGAUCCUCAGAAGCAGAUGGACUGUGACAGUGAUAGUGAUGGAGAUCCCGCAUGUGAGGGAAUGUGUACACAAACAGAUGACAUUGAUGAAGACGAUGAGGAUGACAGUGACAUAAAUCCUGAAUGCGAGGGAACCUGUACACAAACAGAUGAACACUACGGAUGUGACAAUGACUCGGACAUAGAUGCAGGAUGCGAAGGAGUAUGUACGCAGUUAAACGAAAUCACCCCAUAUCAGUGUACUGACUGUGGUGAAUCGUUUACUCAACCGGGAAGGCCUGAAGACACACAUGCAGUCUUACCAUGGUCACAGCAAAGCCAAGUCUCAUCAGUGUCCUGAGUGUGGGAAAGCAUUUGCCCGGUCAGCAGACUUAGACAGACACGUGGGGAGUCACACUGGAAUCAAAUCCCAUCAUUGUAAGGAGUGUGGGAAAGCUUUUACUAGUGCUUUCAGCCUGCAGAUUCAUUUAAGGCUUCACAGCAUUGUCAAGCCUUAUUUUUGUUGCGAGUGUGGGAAGGCGUUUGCACAUUUGGUUGGGAUUCAGCUUCACAUGAAGAGCCACAGUGGAGUGAAGCCCUUUGAGUGUGGAGAGUGUGGGAAUUCAUUUACAAAAGCUGGUAGUCUGCGAACUCACAUGAGAUGUCACACAAAACAAAAACCUUACCAGUGUGGACAGUGUGAGAAAUCCUUCGCAACAUCUGAUACCCUGAAGACGCACAUGAGAAGUCACACUGGAGUCAAACCCUACCCCUGUAGCGAGUGCGGCAAGGCUUUCACGACAUCAGGUAAUCGAAGGAGGCACAUGAGGUGUCAUAGUGGAGUGAAGCCUUAUCCUUGUAGUGAAUGUGAGAAAGCAUUCUCACGGUCAGCUGACCUUGAUAGGCACAUGAGGUGUCACAGCGGAGCCAAAACCCACAAGUGUCCUCAGUGUGACAAGGCUUUUGCAACACCAGGACAACUGCAGGAUCACAAGAAAAUACACAACGGAACUUCAAACGACUGCAUCGUGUGGAAAAAACAAGUGAUGAGAAGACAGACGAAGACAGCGCAUCCAUGGAGACAAGUGAUUGUAGGACGGGGGGAGGAUAAUGCGUCCAUUUCCAAAAGUGAUGGUAAGACGGAUGAGGAUGCCGCAUCCAUGGAAGCCAAUGAUUCUAAGACCAACACUGAAAUUGGAAUCAGGCCUAAUGAGAGUGGUGAUGGUACGAAAGAAGAAUCAAGUACCAAAAGGAGACAUAAGAGAAGUCACCUGCGAGUCAAGCCUUUUCAGUCCAGUGAGUUUUGGAAAGCACUAACAGGAACAAGUGCCGCACAAGCCCCAGUAAAACGGCACAGUACUCCAAAGCCUUAUAUGUGUAGAGAGUGUGGGAAAGAAUUUACUCGGUCAAAUGACCUGCGGAGACACAUGAGUUGUCACAGUGGAAUCCGUCCAUAUCUGUGUAGCGAAUGUGGAAAGACAUUUUCUCGUUCAAGCACCCUGCAGACACAUAUUAGAUGUCACAGUGGAGUCAGGCCUUAUCAGUGUACUAAGUGUGACAAAGCGUUUAAGGCGUCUAUGAGCCUGAAGAGGCAUAUGGUGUAUCACAGUGGUAUCAAGCCUCACCGGUGCGGCGAGUGUGGGAAAGAUUUUAUAACGACCAACGAGCUGCAGAUUCACAUGAGGUCCCACAGCGGAAUCAGGCCUUAUGAGUGUACUGAGUGUGGAAAGGGGUUUACCACAUCAGGCAGUCUACAUAUCCAUAUGCGAUCUCACACGGGAAUCAAGCCAUAUCACUGUACUGAGUGCAGGAAAGCGUUCUCUACAUCAGGAAACCUGCAGAAUCACAUGAGAUCUCACACUGGAGUCCAACCUUAUCAGUGUGGUGAGUGUGGGAAAACGUUCACACGGUCUAGUGGCCUCCAAAUACACAUGAGGUUUCACACUGGCGUCAAGCCAUAUAAGUGUACGGAGUGUGGGAAAUCAUUUACACAGUCGGGCCACCUGGUGGGGCACAUGAGGUGUCACAACAAAAGCAAGGCCCAUCUUUGCAAAAUGUGUGGGAAAACAUUUAAAGAUCCAAGUCAGCUUCAGAUACAUGUGAUGAGUCACAAUGAAGAUGAGCCAUUUGAGUGCAAUGAAUGUGGGAAAACCUUUACAGAGGCUAGUCAACUGCAGAUGCACAUUUUGAAUCACAGUGUAGACAAGCCGUUGGAUGGUGAAAAAUCGUUUACAGAAACAAGUGGCCUGCAGGCUCACAGUUUGGAUCAUAGUGGCGUCAAGCCAUUUGAAUGUGAGAAAUCAUUUAUGGAAUCGCUCAACCUGCAGACCCAUGUUUUGAAUCAUGGUGGAGACAAGCCCUUUGAGUGUAGUGAGUGUGGGAAAAUAUUUGCAGAAUCAAGUCAUCUCCAGAUUCACAUUUUGAGUCAUAGUGUGAAGAAGCCGUUCGAUUAUAAGAAAGCAUUUACAGAAUCUGGUAACCUGCAGUCACGUUUUAUGAAUAACUUGGUAGACAAGCCCUUAGAGAAAGAGAAAAUACAUACAGAAUCCGGUCAUCAGCAGACGCAGAUGGGCACUCCGAGCGGAAUCAAACCAUAUGAGUGUAUUGAGUGUGGCGAAACAUUUAUAGAAUCAGGUCAUUUGCAGACCCAUAUGAGUUCUCACAGUGGUGACAGACCCUUCCAUUGCAACAAGUGUGGGAAAGACUUCACCAAAUCCAGUUUACUGCAUAGACACAUGAUGAUUCACAGUGAAGGAAAUCCCUCUAAAUGUGUCGAGUGUGAUGAAGACUUUGAAACAACCGAUGAUCUUCAGUCUCACAUGAGGAGUCACAGUCAACCCAAACACUGAAAGCAUCUACAAAAUUAUGUAUCUUAUUAUCAACCAUGUUAUGUAUUAAAAGUGAGAAUUUAUAUACCAAAACAGGGCUCGAUUUAAGAGAUGUUAACCUACUUGCACCAGGUGCAACCUAAGAUAAAACCUAGUUGUAACAGCCAAAUUCCAGUUGCACUGCUU